AUGGAAGUGUCUGGCACGUCUGUGUUCCAAGCGAGUGAAAAGGAAAAUCUCACUGCAAAAGCAUUUUCCCGCUCACUAUUUUCCAUUGCUCAACUUUGCUACCUUGCUACAUAUAUGGCGGAUUCCCAAGCAUUGUCCGAAACCCAAUUAGCAUCUGAGAUCAAUGAUCGGCCCAAACAAAAACACAUCGUCACUUUCAUGGAUGCUAAAUGGUACAAUGCUGCAGCUGAAGGCCAAAUCAACAAAUUCGAAGAUUACACAGAGCCUCUAGAUCUUUUGCGUACCCCAAACAAAAUUGAGCCCAAUAUCAGAGGUGAAACUCCACUGCACAUUGCAGCAAGGUUUGGGCGUAAAAAUAUAGUGGAAUGUCUUAUUGAUAGCAUCAAGAAUGCUCAAGAAGACAUUGAGAGAGGUGUAGAGGCGUCAACAAGUGAUAAGAUGCUGAAGAGGACAAUCCCAUAUGAAAACACAGCCUUACAUGAGGCUGUUAGAAAUAACCAUCCUCAAGUAGUGGAAACAUUGCUAAGAGCAAAUCCAGAAUUUGCGGACAUAGCUAAUGCAGCCGGAGAAAGCCCGCUUUACCUUGCAGCGGUGAGAGAGUACAAAGAAAUUGCUUCUAAGAUAUUGGAGAUAUGUCCCUCUCCCGCAUACAUCGGUCCCAAUGGUAGAACAGCUUUGCAAGAAGCUGUGAUAAGUCCAGAUGCAGAUCUGACAGGAAAACUACUGAAACAAAAGAGCAAUUUGGCCAAAGAACAAGACAACGAAGGAUGGACUCCGCUUCAUUAUGCUUCCUAUGCCAAUCAUCUUUCAAUUGUGGAUAUGUUACUAGAGCAUGAUAAAUCUGCUGCCUAUAUUGGCGACAAAGAUGGAAAGACACCUCUUCGUGUAGCGCUUCUUAACGAAGCAAACAAUUUAGAGGUGGUGAAAAAAAUUAUGUCAGACUGCCCAGAUUGUUGCGACCUGGUUGACAAUAGAGGCCGAAAUGUUCUCCAUUUUACUGUGGAAAGCGGGAGUUUUGAAGGAGUGAAAACUAUUAUUGAAAAACCUUUCCUCGCUAACCUAAUUAAUCAGGAAGAUGAAGAUGGGAACACUCCGGUCCAUCUACUUGCUACUCAUGGUUUAGAUGCUAGUUCUCUUAUACGACACCGCGUCAUUGAUAAAAUGACUGUCAACAAAGCAAAUUUAACAGCUCUGGACAUGGUGAUGGCAACAAAGGAUAAAAGCUAUGCGCUAUUUCUAGUAAAUCAACUUAAUCUCACAAAUUGUAGGUAAUGAUAGUCCUAUUUUUACAUUGAACUUUGAAACCUCAUAGACAGCUGGAGCAACGAGCCAAAAUGAAAAAUUAUUCACUUUGAUUGGUAUAGGCAUUGAUUUGUUUUGGGAAAAAAAAUAGUGAAUGAACUUUCAUGUUACAGGGAUCUACAGUAAAACACCUAAAGAAGGCUGGAUAUAAACGAGGUCGGCAUUCAAUCGGGCAGGCAACGGCUGAUAAAACACCAAUAAUCGACAAUGAGUUAAUGUCUUCCCUCCAGAAAGCGAGUGAAUCCCAUCAGAUAGUGGCCGCCCUCAUUGCAACAGUAACUUUUGCUGCAGGUUUCACCUUACCUGGUGGUUACAGUGAUGAAGAUGGCCUUGACGAAGGAACAACAGUUUUAACUAGAAAAUCAGCCUUCAAAACGUUCCUUGUAACCGAUACCAUUGCCUUGGCCCUCUCCAUUUCUGUUGUGCUUAUCCACUUCAUUUUGGCAGUGCAACCAACCAAUAGAAAGUUCUAUUUUCUAUUCCUUUGGGCAUUUCUUUUCACUAUUCUUGCUAUGACUUUAAUGGCGGUGGCAUUCAUGGCAGGUGUGUAUGCAGUAAUGCCACAUUCCUCAUCAGGUCUUGGGACUACCAUUUGUGUUAUAGGAAGUUGUUUGGCCUUAUUGUGUUACUGGGUGCUCAAGGCUGCAUUGUGUGAUUGAAUAUAAUUGAUUUUAAUAUUUGAACUGUUUUACAAUUAAAGAAUGGUGUAUAAUUGGAAUAAAUUGUAAAAUAUUGAUGGAAA